CAAUUCCGUUCACAAAUCCCUCCGAGGAUGUUCGUAGAAUUCUUCUGCUGCAAUCAUAAACCGAAGCGUACACGCUUAACUGGUUUAAAUUUAGUUUGAAGCAGCCGCACAAUAUAAAUUAUAAUCAGGUAUGGAACUAAUGUGAAACAUGUGCAAGGUCGUCAAGAAAAUAGGAGGAAACAGCGACCCAGGAAUAAACUUUGAAAUUAUAUGAAAAAUAAAUUUAGAUUAUAAACGAACAUAAACAUGGAAUUUAAAGAAAACAAAUAUAAAUUUUAACUUUGUUUGGAACAGUAAUUUAGAAUAGUAUCGGAUUUAAAAUAAUUGGAUAAAAGAGAGAUAGGUAAUUGUAACACUUAUAGUUAGCUCGGACAAUUUAAGGCUUAUAUUCGGACUUUAGGAAACGUAUAACAUAUGAUUGUCUGUGAUAAAGUGCGAUAAAGAAGCAUUGAAGACAAUAAUAAGAUGGGUAAAUGACAAUAAUUCGUAGUACUUUUAUUGGCUGUCCGUUUGAAGGACAUACGCGAAUUCGUAGCGAAAACAUGAAACAUAGAGGAUGUGGUUUCUGCUAGUUAAUUAAGACCAAUUAGUUAAGAUAAUUUUGAAAGAAUGGAAGGAAUAUCAUACGAGUAAACCGAUAUGUGAGGCCAUCUUUCCACUAUAUUCUCCUGUUUAGUGACAACACAGUGAAACCAUAUCACCAUGACUGACCAAGGAAAGAACAUAUGGAAUAACAUACUGGUAAUUACUUUGGAAGUGCUGGUCAAUCGAUACGGGGGAAAAGCAAAAGAGGUGCGAUUGGUGUCCAAUCUACAAAAAGCUUCAGAUUCCUGUUUAAUAAUAAUAUAACAUUGUCUCCGAUUCCUGUGAAUUCAUUAUAUUAAUUGCAAUAUGAUGAAGAUUCAACGGUGUUUUUCAUAUUGCUAGCUUCAUAAUUCUGUGAAAUAUAAUCAACAAAUGACUGUAUACAUGUAUAAUGGUUGGAUCAGCGAAUGACAUUGGAUAUCUGUCAUCGCCUACACGGAAUAUAUCGACAUUCGGUUACAAAUUGGAACAGCAGCCAAUUAUGAAACCACCAGACAUUUGGGACGCGUAUUCCCUUCCCGGCAACCAAAGCGCGCUACUGAUGGCGCAGUUUAAUACCGUUGUGAAUGCAACUAUGAUUAGCAGUGAGGAAGUAAUUAAACAAAUGAAUGCCUCGCAAUUCCACAUACUCCUGCCUUCCUUGGUUCUAGUAUGUGUUUUACUUGUGCUUGGAAUACCAGGAAACCUAAUCGCCGUGUUGGUGUAUGCGAUGAAAAUGAAAAGAAGCACCGCUGGUUAUUUCAUAAUGACGCUUGCAAUAAGUGAUCUGAUCAACUGUGUUGUAAGCCUUCCAGUGGAGAUAGCUCUUAUCGCUGACUUCUGGACGUUUGACUACCCGCUCUUGUGCAAGUUCUCGCGAUAUAUGUCCGCAGCAAUGAACAAUACCUCCUCCUUUAUAUUAGCUGCAAUUGCGGUGGAGCGCUUUCGUUCAAUCUGUUUACCCUUAAGACCAAAGUGCUCCAAUUUACGGGCAAAGGUAGCAUGUGCUGUGAUAGUUUUGUGUGCAAUCUGUUCUGCAAUUCCUAUGAUAAUCUGUUACGGAACCUUUACCCACAAUCAGACCGUUAAUGAUUUGAAUAUUACUAUUCAGUUAAAAACAUGCCUAGUUGACGAUGCAGUUGUUAAUACAGGUUAUCCUCUUUUCAUUUUGAUAUAUUUCUUUGUCGGACAUUUAACCGUAUUUAUGAUAUUGGGUGUGUUGUAUUCCUGCAUUGCUUAUAGGCUUAUCAAAGGUAUUGAAUUCUCUGACAACAAGAACGGAUUACUGCAACGUCAAGGGAGUGCGUACUCUAUGACGUCAUACACAGCCCACUUUACAACGAAAACAACGCGUCAGCUGUCUUUAGAAAGUGACGCCGGGAAUUCGUUAAGACCGAAAUGUCAGCUCGUCCGGACACAAAGCACAAACUCGAACUUUGAAAUGAAUAUGACGCGUCGCCAUGGUGGCCAAGCGUUCAGAACGAGGCGUCUGACAUGUAUGCUGUUUUUAGUAGCAUCUGUGUUUGAAAUAAGUUUCAUCCCGUAUCUGGUUAUCGUCAGUAUUCGAAAUCACCAUCCGGACUACUUUAGUCAAUUACCACUUUUUGGACAGAUGGUGUACCAGUUCUUUCUGCGGUUCUAUCUCAUCAAUUGUGCUGUUAAUCCCAUUAUUUAUUGUUUUUACAAUCAGAACUUCAGACACGGCGUUAAACGAUUAUUCCGGAGUAUUAGAGACACACUUCAAGGUUCAGAUAGUUAAAAGAAUUGAACCGACCAAAACGACUCUUGGUGUUUCAAGAAAGAGAUGUUUAACCGGAAAAUGCAUCGAUGAGGGUGCGUUAGUAACAUUCCACAGACGUGUGUACUGAAUGAAAAUGGCUUGUUUAUUGACAUGUUGUUUUAUUGUUUUACAAUGCAUGUAUGCCAAGUUUCCAAGAAAAAUGUUCCACACUACACAUUAAACACUAUAUAUCACCACGUGAUUUUAAUUAGUGGUUUUAUUAAGUACGUAUGAGUAUUACGUUAAGUAGUAUGUUGAAAUUAACGUGUAUUUUAUCGAGACAUUGACGAUGUGUGGAGACCAAUUAUCUGUUUGUGUAACUUCAAAGGCUUUUGCUGGCUUUUUACUAAUAACUGAAUUAAAUGGCUGAAAUACA